AUGAAGCUCCUGGCCUUACUGAGCCUUCUGAUCCUGAUGCUGCAGGAAGCAGGGACAGCAUCUCUCUCAAAGGAGGAGAGGGGAGAAGAGCAGCCGUAUGGCGAAGGCGAUUCUUAUGCCAUUCUGCCUCUGGGGGACUAUGUCCUGAGCCUGGACAACUACGAAGAGGUCAUCGAUCCAAGCAACUACGACGAACUCACAGCCUACGGGGACCAGCUCCCCCAGGUUAAAGAGACCAGCCUGGUUUCUCUCACCAGGACACGCUUUACUCAGAGCACAGAGGCUGCAAGGACACUCCCUUCAAACCCCACGACGGCCAGGCCCCCGACACUAGGCCUGCUGGCUGCCCCGGCCAACCACGGCCUGCCAACCUGUCUGAUCUGUGUGUGCCUCGGUUCCUCUGUGUACUGUGAUGACGCAGACCUGGAGAACAUCCCUCCUCUUCCCCAGACGACUGCCUACUUAUAUGCUCGGUUCAACCGCAUCAGCCACAUUCGGGCUGGAGACUUCAAAGGGCUGACAAAACUGAAGAGGAUUGACCUCUCUGGCAAUUCCAUCUCCUCCAUCGAUGACAAGGCCCUCCGCCUGUUGCCUGCUCUGCGGGAUCUGAUCCUCCCUGAGAACAAGCUCGUGGCGCUGCCUGUGCUGCCCACCAGCAUCGAGGUCCUGGAUGUCCGCAUGAAUCGGCUCCAGAGCUCAGGGAUACAGCCUGAAGCCUUCAGGGCACUGGAGAAGCUGCAGUUCCUCUACCUGGCCGAUAACCUGCUGGACGCCAUCCCCCGGGCCCUGCCCCUGAGCCUGCGCUCACUGCACCUGCAGAAUAACAUGAUAGAGACCAUGCAGAGGGACGCCUUCUGUGACGCCGAGGAGCACAGAUACACCAGGAGGCAGCUGGAAGACAUCCGCCUGGACGGCAACCCCAUCAACCUGAGCCUCUUCCCCAGCGCGUACUUCUGCCUGCCUCGGCUCCCCACGGGCCGCUUUGUCUAA